AUUUCCUUUGUUUUGCCUUGUCAGAUUUUUCUGAUUUUUUGAAAUAUCUUCAGUCACCCGGCAGAAACAAAAGCAAAGCAGAAAAUGGUUGAGCAGCCAAAACUGCUUUGUAGACCUCUGCCUCCUAAGGUGCCAUCUAAACUGUCUACACCAAGGGAGAAUGUUGGUAAAGAAAUGGCCUUGGAAGAGAAAAUGAGAAAAUCUGGUUCACCAGAAGAACUUUUGCGAGAAAAGAAAGAAAAAGUGUAUGCUAUACAUUACUUAAAGCUACCUGAACCUGAAAGAGAAAAAGGACCCUUUACGGACUCUAAUGAUGCCCCUGAUGGCAAUAGUGUGGAGGAUGUUUGAGAAACUAAUUUCCAUUUUAUAGCAAGCAAGCAGGAUGAAGAGGAAAAACUGAUGGCUAGGUCCCAAGUGGAAGUAUUGUGUUGCUUCUUGUACCAGAAGAUUGCUCUUAGCCUUCAGGCCUACUUUUUGUUUCACCUUCCCCACCUGACCCCUUUAAUGGAUACCUCGGUCUACCUUAACUUGUCAUUCGAUAAUUUACUCUUCUUUCCUGCAGAGGUGUUUAAUAUUAAAACCUUACAAGUCCUGGUGCCCCAGAACAACCCCAUCAGAGAAAUCCCUAAUGCCAUUCACACACUGAAGUCACUGAAGAAAUUUACAGUUUCCUUCAAUUUGCUAUCACAUCUUCCAUCUGGAUUGUUUUUAUUAGAAGAUCUCUAGUAUCUGGACAAUAAUGAUAUUAGCUUUAUUCCUGGUGACAUCAAGAACCUCAGAAAGCUCAAAUGUUCAAACAUUAAAGAGAACCAGCUCUCUGCUUGGCCAUCAGGGAUUUUGAACCUUCCACUAAAAUUCCUCAGAAGAGAAAAUAACUUCAUACACCCCUUGUUGUGGAAUGAAAAGAUUCAGAACCAACCUCAGAAGCUCACUCAUCUGGCUGCCCUUCACUUCUCCAGAAAUAACAUGAAGGAAAGAUACAUAGACUUCACAGAAGAUAUUAAAACAAUAUUGGAUGAUUUUAGUGUCCGUGAUUGCUGCAGUGGACCUCGGUACGGCAAAGGAUUUUGGCUCAUCCGAUGUUACAGGAACAUAUUUAGAUUUGGAAGGCUUUCCUUUUACUUCCAUGCCUGCUCAUCAUCGUGCCAUAGGAGCUUCAUGUCUCAGACAGAGGCUUGA